UUCACCUCUGAAAAGUGAAAACCACUUGAUAGAAGGUUCAACAAACAACAGGGCCAACAAAGUCGACAGACUAUGGCAUCAGUGAAAGAGAAGGACGGCGAUCAUUCAUGGAGCUCUGAAACCAGCUGGACAGUCGCCGGCGGCUCUCUCACAAGUGCCCUCACGUUCGAGUCUUCUUCUAUCUCUGACGACGACAACGAUCAAGACACCGUCGAUUCGACUUCCCAGUCUCGCCCUCUUAUCCUGUGCCCUCCCUCGCCUGAUCCAAAUCCCUGCGAGAUCACUAUUAUUUUUGUAAAGAAACAUGAGGUCAGACAGGUUUAUGUUCGGAGUACUGCUCGAGUUUACGAGAUUCACUAUACACCUGAAGUGGGGAGUAACAGUGAAUAUCUGUGUACAGUCCGCUGUGGGAUUGCUGCUAGAGAUGACCAGGUGCUUCAAACUAUUGAUACUGAAGGAACUGUUGGGACAAAUGUGAAGGGGGAUUGUACAGAAGCGGAUGACAAAAAAAUGAAAAUGGACAGUAAUUUGAGUACCAAUGAAGAUGAAUGGGUUGAAGUGAAAGUCCCCAGUACCUCCUUGAUUGAUAACGGAAGUAAUUUUCUGCCAUCGAAUAUCGUCAUAAACACAGGGAAAAUCUCUCAGGAUUAUUAUGAGGCUACGGCACAGAUAACUGAUGCGAAUCCUUGCAUAUCCCUUACAGUUCGGCUGCUUUCUCUCCAAAAUAAAGGCUUCGUAUGUGUUGACGAAGUCUAUGUAUUUGCUGAUCCUGCUGAUCCAGCUGAUUUGGAAACUCAAGCAGGUUCAUUGGACAACUCAGCUGGAAGUUCGCUUAUGGCCUUGCUUGUGCCUACUUUUUUGCAGUUAUCUAAAUCAACAGGUGUUGGUCGACAAGAAAAGAGCGACACUUUUGAUACAAGAGAAAAACAAAUCCCUGAGGAGUUGAAAGCUAUUAAUGCAAUGAAAGCCAUGAACAAGGUCUCACACAAAGAAUCUCCUGAUGUGGUCGAUCAUGAAACAAUGAAGUCCCCACAAGUUUCAGAUGCAGAAUCCAAGUCUGAUGUACCAGAUAGGCGGACAGAAGUCGUCCUUGAACAUCUUGUUUCUCGAGUGAGCAGAGUAGAAGAUCUUUUAUUAAGGUUUGAAGAAAACAUGCUAAAGCCCCUAAACAACAUUGAAGUGAGGCUCGAGCAGGUAGAGCAGCAACUUGAACUACUUUCCAAGAAGACCCAAAACUCUGGGGUUCAACCUUGCACACGAUUUGCUGCUCCAGAUUUUUCAUGCUGCAAAUCAGACUGCAACUCAUUUUAUAGUGAUGGAACUGGCAGUGAUCAUCUCAAGACAUGUGAACUUAGUAGGAAGGAUUUAGCUUCAAAUGUGUUACCAGGUUUUUCUGAUGGUGAUCAUACUUGUCCUGUCAAUACUGCCCAGUUGCACCCUAGUCUUGUACUUACUGCCCCUGAGUUUUCCAGUGGUGAUUAUGAUGAAGAAAAUGAUGCUGUAGAUCUAGUGAUGGGGUCUCCCAAGAAUAAACGUAAGCAUGCCAUGUCUAUUGAUGAUGCUUUGGCAGCUGCACUAGAUGGGUUAUCAUCUUUAACAUCAAUGCAUCCGCAGAAAUAUAUACAAACCCUGGCGAUUAAAGCCCCUGAAUUUCCAAAUGAGGAAGGAAAGAGUGACGACAAAGCAGCUUCGCCAAGAGGUCAUUCCAAUAUACGGACACAUCCUUUGAUCGAUGGAGCUGAGUGCAUAGAAACUUCAGUUUCAUCAAUACGCAACACUCUCUCAUUAGAAGCUGAAGAGAAUGGGAAAAGCAUUCACAGUGACGACAACUUUGAGAAAAUUCAUGGAGGAGUUAACAGACAAUGGCAUCAUAGUGAUGGAGAAGAGGGUGCUUUUCAUGGCACUACUGUCGACUAUACAGCUGCUUUGCCGCCUCAGAAUGAGAAUUGUGAUGCAAAAUAUUUCAUGAAAUCUGGAGAAAUUGGUUAUAAAAGAAGCUCUCACAGUGAUGCCAACUCUGAGAAAAGUCAUGCAGAAGUUGAUGGACAAUGCCAUCGGAAUGAUAAAGAGUAUGUUCCUUUCCACGCUACAACUGUUGACUAUACGGUUGCUUCGAGUACGAGGAAUGAGACAUGUGAUGUAGAAGAUGGUAUAGAAACUGGAGUAGUUGGCCACAGCAUCAGCUCCCAUGGCAAUGAUAACUUAGAGAAUAGUGAUCGAGGAGUUGACAUUCUCUACCAUCAUAAAUAUCGAGAGGCUCCUUUCCAUGCCUCACCUGUUGACUCUACAGUUACUUUCAUGCCUAGUAAUGAGCCUUGUGAAAUGAAAGAUGGCACAAAAACUGGAGAAGUUGGCCAUGAAACAGGCUCUCACUUUGAUGAUAACUCUGGGACAACACAUGGAGGAUUUGACAGACAAUACCAUUGUAACGAUAAAGAAGAUGUUCCUUUCCAUGCCACUACUAUUGACUGCGAGGUUAGGUCAAUGCGUAGGAAUGAGAUGGAUGAUAUGAAAGAUGGCAUAGAAACUGGAGAAGUCAGCCAUAACAAGCACGUUGUUUUGAAACCUGAUAGCUUGGGCCAGUUCACCGGAAAUCAGAUUGAUACCGACUCUGAUAUCACCAAAGAAGCAGCUGUUGUAAGGCCUGCAUUUGCCGAUACUCAGAAAGUUGCAGAAGAAGGGUCUAACAAGGAUGUUCUACAGGAUGUCCUUGAAUUCCCACGUCCUACUUCCUCACUGGAUUUUGAACUUCCAAUUCUAGAUGUCAGAUUCUUUUCUGAAGAAAAUGGCACUAAUAAAUCUUCCCUCGAAGUUCUUUUAGCUGAGUCGCUGGGUAUUCAAGUUGAAUCUCCUUCUAUUGUGGAAAGUUUUGACGGUUAUAAAAUUGCUGAUAAAGGGGAAGACCUGAUUUCAUUGGACGAUGCGGAUCAAUCCAGUCCUAUUGCUGGAGCCAAACUUGCAGUAGAUAUGGACUAUUGCACUUUAACUGAUAUGCAUGUCAAAGUGGGAGAUGAAGAACCACAGGAUCAGAACGGGUGCUUGAACCUUGAAACGAACACUGCAAGUCUCAUAUAAUUUGUUCUGACUGCAUUGAUGCAAGACUGUACAUAAAUUAGCUUGGACAAUGGAUAUCAAUGAUAUCAAGGAUAAUUUAGUUUUGCCUUUGCCCGCUGCAAUAUCUUUUAGAGUGUAGCUUCAGUGACUGCAUAAUAGCGGCUGUUCUGAAAAUAAUGACCCUUGGAUGCCACAGGACUUGCCCAUCCAGAUUGAUGUCAUUAGCAGCAAAAACUAGUGGACUGAUUGUUUAAUGUUCAACAAUGAA